UGCAGUACGUCGCUGUGCACGACACACAUAACCGCAAUUUUAUUCUUCUUCAUUCUUCUUUUUUGUCUUACUCUUCGAAGAUAGAAAGCAGCUCGCGCGCGCGCUCGCCAGCUAUCGACACUAUUCGAUCGGUUUUAUUUCGCGCUUCUAUUUUGAAAGGUGGACGUUUUUGAAGGAUUAUUAUUAUUGAGCGAUUGGGAUAAAAAAAUAAACUGUGUGACUAGAAGAUGUGCGAUUUCUAGUAUGUGAUGUAUGGUGUUGUUUUUUUAUUAUUUGAGUUAUAAAUAAUCAGGAAAAACAUGUUGCAACCCAGGAAGUGUUUAGGGACAUUAUUUGCCCUCGCAGUGUUACUGGAAUUUGUUCAAGGUUUCGAAUAUGCAAGUACUGUCCCUCGACGAAGAAGAGAAGACAACAAAGAUGUGACAACAGUCCUCCUAGUGGACGCCCAUGGCAAAAAUUCCUUGGGCCGAUUUCUCAGCGUCCGUCCUGACGUUGGACUGAUAACAUCUACUGCGCGGACGUUCAUUCAAGACGGCGUGACUACCGAAUAUGCCACACAAGUACUGGGUACCACCCUCGAUAAUGGACGACUCUACGCCCACUUACUGACAAAAACGUCACGCGUUUUGUACGACAACGAUUUACAGACUAAAGGAUACGAGCAACAACCUCUCAAAAAUGACUGGAAGCUUGACCAGAACGCAAACAAGAAUUUCGUACGCAAUACCGACUUUAUUUCACCCGAUCCUGCCCAAGCGGUUUACGUAUUUCCUACAUCCUUACCAUUUGUUCAUGAAAGUUCCACAAAACCCCAACCCAAACUAUUCGUGGAUCAGGAGAUACUCAAAGAAGCUCAAUCAAACAACGCUCGAGUCAUAUAUGACCAACAAAAAUAUGUUGUACGUCCGGAAAAUCAUAUCGUAAAAAUUAACGCUCAAAACGACUUCACAAAGGAGAACAUAAUACAUCACAAAGAUAAUCCAAUCGAUUUAGGAAUUAAGGCUACCAAAGUACGUGCUUGGGAUAAUCUUCCCACAUUCACUGUUAGAAAUGAAUUUUCACCUUCAGGCCUUUCUUUUAUCGAUCUUCCAGAUUUCGAUUCAAAUACGGAAAGAUCUAAGCUUACAAGUCCAGCCGAUAGAAAAGCCAAACUCUUAUUUAAAGCCGGUUUGCUUAAACCGAACACUGUUCAAAUGGAAACAGUUACUUAUACUGGCUUUGCUGAUUUUACUACGACAGUUGCAAACACAGUUAUUGUUUUUACACCUCACACAUCUGAUGCUGCCAAAAACACGGCUCUAGUAACUAAAAUCGCUGUUGAGCCUACAAUUCGACCAACUGCAGUUCAUAGAUUUCCAUUCCCAACAAGAAGAGCUACCAUUAAAACUCCAAAGGAAAAAAGCGGAGGGGAACCUGAAAGUACGGAACCUACCGUACCCACAACUUCCCAACAGAACCCUACCUUUAUAACAACCGAAAGUAAACCAACAACAACACAAAAAAAUAUGGUAAAACUUGAGGAGUUGUUUACUCCUUCAGGUCUUAAUAAACUGACUAUUAAUAAGGAAGACAGAAAUGGUAAGAUUAAUAGCCCAGAUGAACCGCUCGACUUAGCUGCUAAAAUGUCGGUACUUGCCAAUGAACAAAAGCAAGAAGGAAUAACACCUCCAGCCGAUACAACUAUUUAUUCUGAAAAUAUUCUACAGCCGUCAGAAACCCAGCCCGUUAUGCUAUCAACUCCUAGUGCGGAAGAUAUUGCUAAGAUUUUAGCAUCCCUACAAGCCCAAGCAAAAAUGGCAACUGAACCACUAAAUAGCAAAUCUGAAACACUAUUAUUGGAGAAAAAUAAAUCAGAAGUAGUCCCGAAAAUCAGUACUGGGGCUACAACUAUCUUCUUUGAAGACGAUUUUUCAUUUGAACCAACUACAACUCAAUCAACAACUACAACACCGUCUGAAACUGUAGAGAAAAAAGAAACAACUACAACUGAACAACCUUUAAUACAAACAACAUCAGAAAAAGGUACUACUACGACUGAAAAAUACGAUGAAAUUACUACAACAGAAAGGGAACCUACAACCACACCGGAAAUCACUGAAAAUGAAAUCGACACAAACAAAGCACAUUUGGAUUGUCACGAUAACUCUAAAAUAGUUCCAACGACUGUUUAUAAAACAUUAACAUAUCUAACAACUUUCUAUAUUCCAUUAGAAGAUAGCACAAGUACUUCUAUUAAAUCUAAUGUAGUAGUAUCUAGUGAUAUAUCAUUACAAACAGUAUCAUGUCAUGAAAAUUCCAUACAAGCAAAUGAUGUGGUAGAAACAACGACAGAUGCAGCUGCUGAAGUAACCGAACCAAUUGAACUAACAACAGAAGAUAAACUAACUACCACUACACAAGAUGAAGAGGAAUCCGAUACCACAACAUCUAUUGGAACAACAACUCCUCAAGAAAUCACAACUGAAACACGUCAUGUUACUGAAUCAGAACCAGAAACAACUGAAGCUACAACGGAUGAAGGAGAUGAAGUUGAACUUAUUUUCAAGACAUUAUAUACUACUUAUACUUACUUAACAACUUACUUCCAAGAUUCUACAAGUUCGGUUGCCAGUAGAAUUGUGGUUACAACUAAUGUUAUUACCUCGACACUAGAUCCUGGCAACGAUGCAACCGAUCCUGCUAUGGAUGCCUUAUUGGAAAAUUCUGAUACGUCUGCAUAUAAAUCAAAGACUGUAACUUUUGACGAUUUAGCCGAUAUACAACCCUCGGCAGUAGGUGUAAUUUCUUCUACUCAACAACCUAUAAACACCGAUUAUUUGGAUACUGUCAAUGACCAUGAUGAAUCUAAAAUUGCUACUCCAAUUUUAGAUGAUAAACAUUUACAAACUGCCAAUGGCAUUAAAACUUUGUAUACAACAUAUACCUAUUUUACAACUAUAUUUGUCGACGGCGAAACAGAAAUUUCUAGUAGAACUGAAGUAUACACUAACUAUGUAACUCCUAGCGCCGUAGGAGAUAACCCAUUAGAUAUUCUUGCGACCAAACUACCAAAUCUCGAAGAGGACAGUGUGUCAGACACAACUACAGAUAACAGCAUAGAGAGUCAAUUAUUAUUACAGAAUAGAUUAAAGAGUCUUAAAUUUACUGGUGCUAAUAAUUACAGUAGCAUUAAUAGGCAAAAGAGCGCAAAUAGUAAUGAAUAUUCGAUAGAUGUUGAUCAGAAUGAUGUUAAUCCAUCCAAGACACAAAAUAAAGAUGAAUAUAUUACUUUAAAUAGGGAUAAGGAACUUGAAAAUAAAAAAGAAAAUGAAAAUGAUAUUUUAGAUUUAAGUGAAUAUGAAACGAUUUCAACGAUGGUUACAGAUGUUCGCAGCAGCACAUCUAAAGGGGAUCAGAGAAUAAUUGAAAAUUUAGAAAAACGAAAUGUACUAGUAGAUGAUCAAGUUUUCUCCGAAAGUAAUAAUGAUAGUGAAAUUAUACCAUCUCCGACUUUAUUGUUACAAACAUCUUAUACAACUUUUACAUACUUUACUACAAUGUACCAUGGAACAACAUCUAGUGAUAUUGCCAGCAGAUUAGAAACUGUAACUAAUGUAGUUACUACGACUCUAACACCAACACAAGUUUUACAAACGGAGGAUGCUAGCCUUCCUGUAACUUAUUAUACUACAUUUACGUAUUGGACGACGUUCUAUAAAGAAGGUCAAACUAAAGUUACUAGUCGUGAGGAAACUAUCUCUAAUAUUGUUACUCCCGAUUUCAAAUCUACUGAAGCACCAGAAGCUAUUAUCCCAUUAACCACUUCCACAAUAGAGCAAACAAUUAGCCCUACUGCCACGUUGGAUCAAACUACCAGUCAAACUGAAACUGCCAAAAGUAUUAUUCCUUCUUCUGUUGGUGAAGAUGAAUUAACGACUUUCUUUACUACUUAUACUUAUUACACUACUUCUUAUAUCGGCGAUGAAACUAUUUUGAAUAGCAGGUUAGAAACUGUAACAAAUGUCUUAAAUAAUACCGAAGAUACUCAUGAAAAUCAAAUAGGGAGCGAUAAAGGAGCGGAUAAAAACUCAGAAGUAAAAUCAACUGGGCUGUUGUCCACUAUUGUUAAUACUAUUGAAAAUAAUGGUACUACUACGGUGAUGUCAACUGAUGUUUUUGGUACAUUCAUAGACGGAGUUUAUGCUAAAGUAUUAGAAAGUACAUCGUCUAUUCUUUUAAAAAAUAUUACGCCCAGUGCUACUGUAGACGUAAAUAUAAAACCUACCGGUAUUGUUAGUAUUAAUCAAGGAAAAAUAGUAGAUGCUGACGGUGUUAGUACUUUAUUUUAUACUACUCAAGCUGUAGGUAAAUACAUUGAUGAUCUUUAUGCUCAGGUCAUUGAAAGUACAAGUUCAUUAACAGUAAAUGAAGAAAGAAAGGCAGCUUUACCGACUGAUUUACCAACAGCACACCGUACUGGUUUAGUGAGACGUAUUGAAGGAAGCAUCAUUCAAAAUCAAACCACUACGUUAUAUGAAAGUAAGGUUCUUGGUACUAUAAUAGACGGGCGAUACGCACAAGUCAUUGAAAGUACUUCAAGCUUCAUAUUACCUACAGCUAGUGCCAGCAUAAACGAAAUCGUUCCUACCCCUACGAAAAUUUUAGGUAAUGACGCUACUGCUAUUGCUAUUGCUCCAACUCCAGUAGUACUUGAAGGAUCAUUAAGCGACUCUGUAUCAAAAACUGAUGAGAACAGCACUGAAGAGACUGGCGAAGACGAAGAGGAUGAUGAUAAAGGAAAAUCGAAGGGCAGACUGGGUUUUCAACCAAAAAAAAAUACUUUUACUCCCGCUAUUCGUCCAUUUGCGCCUCGUCAACGACCACCUUUUGCUCCGCGACGUAACAAGUCCGGAACUACUACUGCGGCCACAAUAACGCGUUCUGAUUUUACUCCCACCGUUACAGCAGUACCAGCUUCAAAAACUAAUCGCUUUGGCGGACGAAGAAGUUCAUCUGGAGCAAACCAAGCUAUUCAACCGACGGCGUCAGGUGGAAGAAGGUUCUCUAGGCCAAAAACUACAACAACGAAUACAGGAGGUCGUAGAAAUAGCGCAAGUCAAAUUAAGCCAACAGCUACAGGAUUUAGAAGAACAGGAAACUCGAGAACAUCAUCUGUUAGUAGCAAUAGAUCUAGCUCAUUAUUUGGUGGAAAUUCAAGGUUUAGAAUUAGACCUACUGCAGCAGGUGGUUUAAGUCGAUCACCAAGUUCCAAAAUUGUAACGGAAACACCGCCAGAUGGUAUUGAAAACGAUCUAACUACGGCCGUUACCGAUAAUCCCACAGAUAGUUCAGGAGAAGCCAGCGAUACCACUUUACCACUUCAAAGUACUACGGAACAAAGCCGACGAGGAAAUAAUCCUCUUUUACGUUUUAAGAGACCACCUAUUGCUCGGGCCAAUCCAGUAUCAAGAACUACUACAUCCAAAUCGACAACAAAAUCUGGAUUUAAGGCCAACAAGGGUUCAACAACAACCGCUAAACCAAAAACUACAUUUGCUAGACCUAAUUCAGCACUAAACAGACCAAGGGCCGGAGGUCUGUUUCCUAGAAGAAAUCUUUUUACAACUACGACUACACCGGCUCCAGAAGACGAAGCAGAAGAGGAAGGAGAUGAAGAUCUCGAAGAAGAGGGGGAAGAUGGUGAUGAGGAAGAAGAUACAGAUUAUGAAAGUUCUCUAUUAAACACACAAACUGAAACAGCUCCUACUACUCCUACUUCUAAGGGAGGCCGAGCAUAUAACGGUGUUCAAAUAAGACCAUUUAGAAAGAGGGCAAAAAGACAAGCAAUUUAUUCAAGAUUCAGAAGGCCGACAGGAAGAACAACUGCAGCUCCGUCAUCUGAGGUCCAACCGUUAGAAGAACCAACAUCAUCAAAACCCUCUCUUUUUAGAAAUAGGUAUCAAGCCAAUAAAUAUAAAGCUGGUACAACUUCUGCUCCGCCAUCGACAACUAACGCCCCUCCUCAAAGACAAAGAAUAUCACCUACAAAGCCUUCUUCUGGAAGAACCCAAUUUACGUUAAGGGAAAAAGACACUAGUUUAAAUAGAAAAACUAACUUUAAAGCAAGAAACAGCAUCAGUAGAAGAACAACUACUAGUGCACCUCGAAGCAACAGCCGUUUGAGAAGUGGAUUCUUAACGGAAUCGUCUGUUAAUAGAAAAACUACUGCGAGCAGUAGAAAGGGUAGCAGAACGAGAGGAAGCACACGCAGACCCAAUAAUCGUAGAGGAUAUCAAAACGAUCAACAGAUUGACGAUAACUUCGUUAUUCCAAAAUUUGAUGGUACAGUUACAGUGACUUAUCAAAUUCCAAUUGAAACAACGAUUUCUCUAAUAAACGGUAAAGUGACCGAGUAUCAAAACAUAGUAAGCGCUAAACAAAGCACACAAGUCCUUAAUCCAAAACAGUACUCAACAUCUGUUAAUCCAUUUGGAAAAGAAAUUAAAGUUCUGUUAAGUGAAAAUACAGCAGUUGGAAAUAAUGGCGCUACCUUAGUUACUCAAUUUGUUCUGAACGAAACACCAACUACAAGUGUCACUUUCACCCCAACGACAAUUGGAGGUCGUAAAACAUCAUUUUCGCAUGUUGUUCCCAGUACAGUAUACCAAGUUGAGGAAGUUGUUAAUACGAUACAGCCGGCUUUAGCCGCUCAAGCUCCUCUAGCGAACAUUUUAUUAUCACAGCUACUUUUAGGUGGUGCUUUACCUCAAAAUCCAUUGUUAGGUUUACCAAACAAUCCUGGAGUACCUGCUGUUUCUGCCACACCAACAACUGAGUACAAAACUAGAACUAGUACUCGAGUAACUACUGUAACUAGUACGAUUGAAACUAUUCUUCCUCUUACUUUCAGGGGCAAGGAGAUAUUAACUACUAUUUUUGAUAGUACUUCACAAGUUAUAACUGCAAUAGAUUACUUUACCGAUACGGUAGUAGUUACACCAACCUUACCAGUCUUUGGACAAGCACCGCAGCUAAACACGCUUAUAUUACCACUUCUUCAACAACAACUUCAACAGCAACAGCAAGCCAAUCAACUACUGCAGAAUCAAGCUUUGUUGUCACAAACACCUGCCGGUGUAUUUAACUUAAAUGAAGCACAACAGGUGUUAAUAGAAGAUGCAAAUCAGGACCUAGAUUUGCCUGUAGAAGAAGAGGAGCCUCUUCAAAAUGAAGCUGUUGAAGUUACCAGUCGUGCACCUAAAAGAAGUAAAAAAAAUAAAAAUAAAUCGUCACCGUCACGGGUAAAACCACCGAAAGAAACUAGUGUAAUAACAUUGUACGUGUCAGGUCGAACGCCGGGAGAUUUUACCACUGUUUUAUCGACAGUUACUGUUGGAGAAGAAAAUAGACGAAAAAGAGAAACAUCUUAUAUUCCCGUACGACCUUCUAAAAGUUUUGAUGAUAAACUUAUUAGUACCGUAGAGCCUUUUGAUCAAUUUGUUCAACCAGCUACCAAAGAAGUUAAUAUAGAAGAAUCAGAUGCAACAACGAAAGAAACAGAAAGCUUAGAAAGCAUAAUUGGCGAUGUUCCUAAACAUUUUAGAACUAAAACCCCAAGUCAUUUACUUCACAAAGCUUCCAAAGCUACCAAAAAAUAUACCUUGAAGUAUGUUAAAGCGUCAGAUAAUAAAGACUUCAAAAAAGUUAAGUCUGACGGUGAUUUUUUAGCGUAAGUGACCUUAGCAGUAUCAC